AAGGGCCAGGAGCUAAGUAAGACCGGCGGUGGCGGUGGCUGUAGCGAAACGCAGGGAGGCUAUGCCACGUGGAUCCAUUUAGGUUUCUUUAAAAUCUCUCUAAUGCUUAUACCCUAGUUUCAGGCCCAUGGAGCACACACGAGACUAUCCACUGUUCGGGGGCGCCUUCUCCGCCACUCUCCCUCCAGGAGCCAUUGACAUAAGCGACCUCCGACCGGUCCCGGACAAUCAAGAAGUUUUCUGCCAUCGUGUGACAGACCAGAGCCUGAUCUUGGAACUUCUAGAGCUGCAGGCCCAUGUUGGUGGAGAAGCAGCCGCGAGGUACCACUUUGAGGACGUUGGCGGGGUGCAGGAAGCUACGGCUGUGCAAGUGGAGGAUGUGCAGCCCAUCCCUUUGGAGAACCUGGCCUUGAGGGGCUGCUGUGAAGAAGCCUGGGUUCUCUCUGGCAAGCAGCAGGUAGCUAAAGAGAACCAGCAGGUAGCAAAGGAUGUGACACUGCACCAGGCCUUGCUGCGGCUGCCCCAAUACCAGACCGAUCUCCUGCUCACCUUCAAUCAGCCCCCCCCUGACAAUAGGUCAUCUCUUGGCCCUGACAAUCUGUCACUUCUGCCCUGGAGCCUGGGUGACUUUGAACAGCUGGUGACCAGUCUGACUCUUCACGAUCCCAAUAUCUUUGGUCCCCAGUAAAGAUGCUGAAACGCUGCAUGAUGCUGCUGAAGACUUGGGGACCCCGUUCUGUAAGGGGAACAAAGGGUUGGAUAUAUUUCCCAAAUUUCUCCCCUGUGCAUAAACAUAAGACACCUCUUUGCAGAAAUAAACUUGCUUUAUAACAGUA